CGCUUGGGGUGGGUCAAGUUUUUUUGGUGCAGAGACUUUAGGGUUUUUUUCGAAUUCAGCGAAUGAUUGUUCUCCGCAGGACUCAACUAUCUACUUAGCUCGCAGAGAGUUUUUGGUGUUUAUGAUGGAGAGAUGAAGCAGCCAUUCAAUGGCCUGUUGAUGAAGAGAGGUACUCUUUCUGGCUUCAGAAAUUUCAUUCAGCUCUUUUCACUUCAGUCCCGUGGCCUCAGUUCCUCAACUUUAACCGAUACUAGACCUUUUCCUGAUUAUUCAUCAAAGAAAGCUUCAGUGAGAGACACUGAAUUUGUACAUCAAAUCACCAAUGUGAUUAAGCUGCGUCGGGCUGAGCCUUUGAGGCGGAGUUUAAAGCCUUAUGAAUGCAAGUUCAAGACUGAUCAUUUGAUUUGGGUUCUGAUGAAGAUUAAGUGUGAUUACAUGUUGGUUCUUGAUUUCUUUGAUUGGGCUCGCUCCCGCAGAGACUCCAACCUUGAAUCCCUUUGCAUUGUUAUUCAUUUGGCUGUGGCGUCUAAGGAUCUAAAAGUGGCUCAGUCUUUCAUAAGUAGUUUUUGGGAGAGACCAAAGUUGAAUGUUACUGAUUCCUUUGUACAGUUUUUUGAUCUUUUAGUAUACACUUACAAGGACUGGGGUUCGGAUCCUCGUGUAUUCGAUGUUUUCUUCCAAGUACUUGUUGAAUUCGGAAUGCUCCGUGAGGCGAGAAAAGUCUUCGAGAAGAUGUUGAAUUACGGAUUGGUUUUAUCUGUUGAUUCUUGCAACGUGUACCUUGCCCGUCUUUCGAAAGAUUGCAAUAAAACUGCAACAGCAAUCAUAGUAUUCAGGGAAUUUCCGGAAGUGGGUGUUUGUUGGAAUGUUGCUUCUUAUAACAUCAUUAUUUAUUUUAUUUGUCAACUUGGGAGGAUAAACGAAGCCCACCAUCUACUCCUGCUUAUGGAGUUGAAAGGCUACACCCCUGAUGUAAUCAGUUACAGUACAGUGAUCAAUGGAUACUGUAGAUUUGGGGAACUUGACAAGGUUUGGAAGCUCAUUGAAAAAAUGAAACAGAAGGGUCUGAAGCCGAAUUCUUAUACUUAUGGUAGUAUAAUUGGUUUGCUCUGUAGAAUUUGUAAGCUAGCCGAAGCAGAGGAGGCUUUUUCAGAGAUGAUAGGGCAGGGCAUACUCCCUGACACUGUAGUGUACACAACUCUUAUUGAUGGUUUCUGCAAGCGAGGGGAUAUUCGGGCUGCAUCGAAGUUUUUUUAUGAGAUGCACUCUCGGGAUAUUACACCAGAUGUUUUGAUAUAUACUGCUAUUAUAUCAGGGUUUUGUCAGAUUGGCGACAUGGUGGAGGCUGGUAAACUAUUUCAUGAAAUGCUUUGCAGGGGUUUAGAGCCGGAUAGCAUUACUUUUACUGAACUUAUGAAUGGAUACUGCAAAGCAGGGCAUAUAAAAGAUGCUUUUAGGGUCCACAAUCACAUGAUUCAGGCUGGGUGCUCCCCAAAUGUUGUUACAUACACCACAUUAAUUGAUGGGCUUUGUAAGGAAGGGGACUUAGAUUCAGCGAAUGAGCUUCUCCAUGAAAUGUGGAAAAUAGGUCUUCAGCCAAAUAUUUUUACUUAUAAUUCCAUUGUCAAUGGUCUAUGUAAGUCGGGUAAUAUCGAGGAGGCAGUUAAACUUGUUGGAGAAUUUGAAGCUGCGGGACUUAUUGCAGACACUGUAACUUAUACAACUUUAAUGGAUGCCUACUGUAAAUCAGGGGAAAUGGAUAAGGCUCAAGAGAUGUUGAAGGAGAUGCUCGGGAAAGGGCUUCAACCUACUAUUGUCACAUUCAACGUCCUAAUGAAUGGCUUUUGUUUGCAUGGGAUGUUGGAAGAUGGUGAGAAGCUAUUAAAUUGGAUGUUGGCAAAGGGUAUAGCGCCUAAUGCAACCACAUUUAAUUCUCUCAUGAAGCAAUAUUGCAUUAGAAAUAACCUGAAGGCAGCAACUGGUAUUUAUAAGGACAUGUGUUCGCGGGGAGUAGGACCUGAUGGUAAGACGUAUGAGAAUUUAGUUAAAGGCCAUUGCAAGGCUAGGAACAUGAAGGAAGCAUGGUUUUUAUUCCAAGAAAUGAAAGGCAAAGGAUUUAGUGUCUCUGUCAGCACAUAUAGCGUUCUCAUAAAAGGAUUCUUCAAGAGGAAGAAAUUCGUGGAGGCAAGAGAAGUUUUUGACCAAAUGAGAAGAGAAGGAUUAGCUGCGGAUAAAGAAAUAUUUGACUUUUUCAGUGAUACAAAAUACAAGGGUAGGAGGCCAGAUACAAUUGUUGAUCCUGUUGAUGAAAUAAUAGAGAAUUACCUUGUGGACGAGGAACUAAGGGAAGCAAAUUAGCUGAUGGUAGGUCAGAAGUUAAUCUUAGUGAAAAUGUCAGUUCAAGGAAACAUUUGCCUGUUUCCAAGUCUCGGAAGCACCAGGUCGUUAAUGAGCUCUUUGGAUUGAAAGAGGCUAAAGGGGCUCUGCAUAUGAAACACCGAGUAUAAGCUUCUUAUCAAUCUGUUAGCAGAUGCUCCUGUUUGUGCAUUUAAUAGCUACUGGCAGCACUUCAGGAGGAUUGGGCAACUUGGGUCUUAGAAAAGAGUAUCUGUGAACACCUUGUUGAACGUUCUUGUUUGUUUCCUUAUGUGUAAGGAUUUAUGCAGGUUCACAAUCUUAUUGAUUUGUCAUUUGCUGAAGAGAAACUGAUGCUAGUGCAACUGCUCCAUUUUGGCGAUUCUCAUCAGCUUCCUAUCCAAAUCUCAAAGUGGAAGAGCCUGUUAGUGCUCUUUGAGGUAGCAAAAUGGGAGCCAUGGUCCACGAAAUUGAGACAAAUGCAGGGGUGCGUACUUCUUAUGCUCUUUGGUCUUUCUUGAUUAACUUCAGUUUGCAGUCCCUCAUUUCAUUGUUCGCGGUUGCUUACAAGGCUUGGAACAUGUGGCACAAAAGCUUCUCACAUGUUUUUCUUAUUUCUGCUUUUUGAUUGUAUAUAUGUUCAUUAUCCUGUUUGUGGGUUCUUGAAUUACUUACUGUGAAAUUGGGAACAUGGAAGGAUUUUUUCGGUAUUCUAAGUUAUGUGUUUAUUGUUCCUCUGACUGCUUUUCACCAUUUAACUCCCUUCUCGGAUUUUGCAGACAAGAGUCGCAUAAUCGAAAUGAUGCUCCAAGAGCCCUUUAAACCUACAUCAAGAUUUUGAAGGUAAUAAUAAGAACAUUGUCAUGUGUACUGAUGUAGGAUUAUCCUGAUAAUAGAAUUUGUUACAUUAU